AUGUAUGAUGCAACUUACAAGGUGCUUGAGUAUCUUAGUGAUCAUUCUCCAAGUACAAGAUCUCGAUCCGAAGUUGGUGGUAUAUACAAAACCAUAACAACAUUUGAAUUUGUAUUUAUUUUGCAUUUAAUGCGUAGAAUAUUAGCAAUUGCGGAUGUUCUUUGUCAGUCCCUUCAAAAGAAAACUCAAAACAUCUUAACUGCUAUGAGAUUUGUCUGUACUACAAAAACUAUCCUUCAAGCAUUGAGAGAAGAUGGUUGGGAAGAAUUUCUUAAAGAUGUGAAAUGUUUUUGCUCAAAAAAUGAUAUACAUGUACCUGGCUUUGAUGGUUCGUAUAUGGUUGGUCAUUCUUGUGGUCGUGAGUAUCCUACCAUUGAACAUCAUUACCACUUUGAUAUUUUCAAUGCAGCCAUUGACUUUCAGAUGAUGGAGUUAGAUACAAGAUUUAAUGAGACAUCAAUAGAGUUCCUUUCUCUCAAUGAGACUAUAGUCAUCCUUAUUCAUUAUCCAAAUAUUAAAGACAAAAAAAGAAAGCUAAAAUCAUGUUUAUCUGUACAUUACAAUCCUAUCGACUAUUACAUAGCAAACAUUCACACAGUGUGUUACUUGGGAUACACAAUAAAAGAAUAA